AUGUUAAAUCAACAAGGGUAUCUGAUUGAAAGAAAAGUUUGGGUUAGGCCGAAAAGUUCUCAAUGGCUUAAUGAGAUUUUUACUCAAAUGGAGGAAUGUGAAUUUAAAGAGCAUUUUCGAGUAAAUCUGGAAAAUUUAAAUAAACGUAGUAAAGAUUUCGAGCCUAUUCUUGGUUUUCCACAAUGCAUUGGAGCUGUUGAUGGACGCCUCAUCCCUAUUUCAGCCCCUAGAGAUCAAGCAAUUUCUUAUUAUAAUUAUAAAGGGUGGUAUUCCAUUGUACUUUUUGCCGUUGUAGACUGUCGAUACCGUUUCACUUAUAUAAGUGUUGGAUCGCCUGGUAGAAAUAAUGACAGCUAUAUUUUGCAGAAUUCUUCUUUGAAAGCAACUUUAGAAUCACAUCUAUUUGAAGAAUGUUGUAAAGAGCUGGGCGAUUCUUUUGUUCCGCUAUGUUUGAUAGGUGAUUCAGCAUUUCCUUUAACGCGUCAUUUGUUAAAACCUUAUCAUCAAAAUUUGGAGCUAAGUGAAAUUUAA